UCAAUAAAAUGUAAUUCACGAAUAUAUAUUAUAUACGGAAGACUUUGUGCGCCUACAGUUUUUACGAAACACUAGGAAAUCGAGAUUAAUAGUGAAUCAUGUAACAAAGACUCUCUCCCCAGACAGGCAUCAAGCUGACACGAGCCCACUAUUGGUUUAGCGCUGUCACCUGUCACCUUUGAACGCGACGCACGUUGUUGCUCCUUCGUUGACAGUUCGAGUGAGAGAUCAGGCACGGUUAUGUCUGAAUAAGAAUAUACGACGAGAGUCUUCGUGCUGGGAGAGAAUGCGUUGCAUUCGCGGUGCUCGUCGUUGAGUGUCUUAUUUUAGGCAGCGAUGCAGGACAUGCGCCUCGUCGAUGGGGAUAUGGAGGAAAGUUGGCCGGAGAGGAGGACCAUCAGGUUCAGCGGUACCGACAAGACCAAAAAUCAUGUGUCAUCCAACGAUAAACCGCGGGUGGAAAGCGUGGAUCCCCCAGAUUAUAGGUCGGGAUUGUCGGACGGGCAAGAUGCGGAGAAGAAACGAAGUGUGUCAUUGAUGCAAUUUCUAAGAGCGGAAUUAACCAGAGAUUAUCAGCUGGAACAUGACGAGGAGAGAUUCUCUGCCAGAAGGGAAAAGGUUUACUCCUUUAUAAAAAUUCCUAGAGAGGUGGAAAACUUUAUGGCAUAUGGUUUUUUUCAGUGUGCAGAUUCCUUUCUCUUUGUGUAUACAUUUUUACCAAUAAGAUUUGCAAUGGCUCUAUGGGCAGUGAUUACGAGGCCUUUACGACAUUGCUUGAGGCGCAAAGAUGGAAAAGUUGGCGGGAGAAAUACAGAAAUGUAUCUAAGCCCAGCUGAGAUGUGCGAUUUAUUAAAGGGAAUUGUAGUGGUAGGUUGUUGGGCAGCCACCUGGAAAGUCGACACCUCCAUGAUGUAUCAUUUGGUUAAAAGUCAGUCGGUUAUAAAGUUAUAUAUAUUCUACAAUAUGCUAGAGGUGGGAGAUCGCCUUUUCAGUGCUUUUGGCCAAGAUGCUAUAGACGCUCUACUUUGGACCGCUACCGAGCCACGCUCGCGUUCAAGUUCCACUCGUACGCCACAUCUGGGUACAUUGCCACAUCUUUUUUUCGCCCUCACUUAUGUGUUGUUGCAUAGCAUAUUGGUAUUAUUCCAAGCAACGACGUUAAAUGUAGCGAUCAACAGCAGUAACAAAGCCCUCCUAACAAUUAUGAUGUCUAACAAUUUUGUAGAACUGAAGGGUUCCGUGUUUAAGAAGUUUGAUAAGAACAACUUGUUCCAAUUAGCUUGUGCUGAUGUCAGAGAAAGAUUUCACCUAACUAUGCUGCUCCUUGCAGUGAGUCUACAAACAAUGAAAGAGUAUGCAUGGCACAGCGAUCGUUUUGCCGUUUUGCUGCCUGACUGUGUCUUGCUGUUGAUUGCAGAAAUUCUCGUUGAUUGGGUGAAACACGCAUUCAUCACACGUUUCAACGAGUUGCCUUCAACCGUCUACAGGGAUUAUACCGUGAGUUUGGCUUAUGACAUGAUGCAGGGACGUCGAGAAACAGCGGUCUCGGAUCCCUCGGAUCUGGUCGCACGACGAAUGGGUUUUAUACCUCUUCCUCUGGGAGUCGCCAUGGCUCGUGUUCUAUGCACAACCCUUACGCCAUCCGCGAGACCCGCUAAUAUUAUACUUCUACUAUUAGCUUAUCUUAUACUAGUGGCUCUUCGCAUAUUAAAUAGUUUAAUUAUUCUCGGUAAAGCGUGCGACAUAAUAUCGCACACACAAAAUACCGAUAAAGACGACAUAGGCAUGAAAUCUCCGUCGCAUAAACGUGCUAAUAGUACCGACAUGAAGAAUCCAAAUCUUGGACCGGCCAUCCUCUCCAACAGCGCCGUCAGUUUGAAUAACGUCUGCUUGAACGAGGUAUUUCUAAAUACGGAAGAGACGCAAAAUAAAACUGAGAAGCUUCAGUGUAACGCCGACGAGUUUACAGUUGCCGCGAAAACUGUGCUAAGGACAGGAAGCGAACCCCUUCUUCCACAAUGACAAAUCUUAAUAGCGCAAUUAAAGUACAAUGGUUUUUUCUUAUUUAUAAAUUGUACAUAUUUUCCGUUGUACAUACAUAUACAUGCACAGAUAUUAUAUAUGGAUGCUUUUUUGCAGUAAUAUUUAUAUAAUGUAUCUAUGUAAGGAUAAUACAUUUUUGGUUAUUGUUUA